AUGGCGGACACCGAAGGACCAGUUACCGUUGAUGAUCUGCCUGUUACUUUUCAAGCCAAAUAUCUAGGUCAGAGCGAUGCCCGAGGCUUAUGGGGUAUCAAGCACACGAGAAAACCAGUUGAUUUAAUGGUAGCCGCCGCCAAAGCCCUACCACCUGGUCAAAUCCUACCCAUAGUUAAACUAACAGUGACAGUGGAUGGAGUCCAUUUGGAGACAGCUAACCAUGGGACGAAGAAAGAUGAGUUCGAGCACAUGUCAGUAUUCUUCAACAUCGAGUCCAUCUCCUACGGAGUCCAGGAUCUGGUGUACACCAGGGUCUUCUCAAUGAUUAUAGUAAAGGACAAUGCAGAUGUGAAAGGGUUAAACCCUUUCGAGUGCCACGCUUUUGUCUGUGAAUCCAGAAAUGCUGCAAGACGUUUGACCUACUCAUUAGCAGCUGCCUUCCAGGAUUAUUCUAGAAGAGUCAAAGAAAUGCAAGCCAAUGGAAAUAAUGUUCUAGAUGACCGACCACCAAGUAUGAAAAAACGCUUCGCUAUCGACCUUAGGACCCCAGAAGAAAUAGAAGCGGACUUGGAAACAGAAGCAUAA